AUGGCCCCUUUGACUGUGAUAUCGCCACAGCCAGAGGCGGUCGAGUUCCGUGUUGCCCGCGAUGGCUCAUUGAAUGCCUGGGUGAAGCUGCGGAAUACGUGGAGCGGCCAAGUCGCUUACAAAAUGAAGACCACAGCCCCCAAGGACUACACCAUAAAGCCUGCGUCUGGUUCAAUUCGCCAGGGAGAGUUCCACGAUGUGCAGAUCAUACGGAAGUCGCCGGAAGAAGGGGGAAGUCCUGACAGCAGUAAGAAGGUCAAAUUCCUCGUUCAAGCCGCGGGUGUGACAACGCAGGCGCAGAAGCUGCUGCUUUAUGCCGCUGAUAAAGGCAAAGCUGCUGGCAGGACGAAGUUUUGGGACAGCAUUCCGAAAGAGGAUCUCCAGGAGCAGCAGUUGCCAGUGAAGAUGCCGAGUGAAGAGCCUGAAGAGUUCGAGGACGCACUGGAGGCGCCCUACGAUGCUGAACAAUCUGUGGAUGCCACCAUUAGCGAACUUUGGAAAGCUCGCAAAGCGAGAUCACAGGAGUUCAAGGGAGAUGAGGAAGCAGACGACGGCCAUGCUGGCGGCGCCGGUGCCGGCAGAGGUGCCGCCGAGACUUUCGAGGCGCCGCACAACAACGCAGGUCGCAAGGGUGACGGCCGCGGCGACGGCACAGAGGCUGGUGAGAAAGAUCGACCCGACAGGAUGUCCGUGCCUCGAAAGGGCUAUGGCGGAGGAAAGCUGACGGACCAAGACGUCGACGACAUCGUGGGCCGAAUGACAAAGAUUGGACCCGACGGCAAGCCUGUCGUCCAGGUUCUCCCCCGGCCAACUGGUUCUGCGCCUCCGGGCUUUGAAGGGCCUGAACCGGCGACUUCCUCUCCAUCCUUGGGGCCAAGCCCUGCUCCAGAUGCGCCAGCAGAACGCAAGCCUUUGCAUCUGAACACGGCCCACAAGGCUCAAAGACACGACGUUGUGCUACAAGGACAUUCACGACCCGUCACUUACGUCGCCUUCGAUGCUGCCGGCAAAACAUUGUACACUUGUGGCAAGGACAAGUUGGUCAUUGCCUGGAGCGUGCCCGACGGAGAGUGCCUCCGCAAGUACGAAGGGCACAGGGGCGCUGUGUGGGCAUGCUCUCUCAACAACGAUGAGGGACUGCUGCUGACAUGCGGUGCAGACAACUUUGUGCUGCUGUGGGAGGCGGCUUCUGCCAGUUUGCUCUACGAGGUCGAACUGCCUGGAGUGGUGCGAUGCGUGGAGUGGUCGCAUGGUUUGUGCUUGCGCUUCGCUUGCUGCUGUAACGGCUUCAAGGCCAAGCCAGCAGCCGUCAACGUGUUCGAGCUUGCCACGCUGGGGGCCGCCUUCAAUUCAAGGUGCUGUACCUCGAUUGAGGUACCCACGUUGCCAUCGGCGGCAACACAAGUCGCUUGGGCUGGGCCCUACUGGGAAUGGUUGUGCUCGCUACAUGAUGGUGGCCUUAUCAUCUUCUGGAAUGCGCUCACCGGGUCAGAGCUGACCAGGCUGACGGCGCACAAGGAGAUGGUGUCCAGAAUCGCAUUUCCAAAUGAAGGAAGGCUCAUGGUGUCGUGCGGGCGGCAAGACAUGGAGGUCCGGCUGUGGUGCCUUGCUCGUGAAAAAGAAGACAGCGACGGCAGUGACUUCGAAGACCUGGAAGGAGAGAAUCCGGUGCCCGAGCUAAUGCGGAACUUCGUCUGCGAUCGCGCCCUGAAUUGCGUGGCCGUCCGGCCGUCGCUGACAUUCGCGGACGCCGCCUCGGAGGACACAGAAGGUGGCGACUGCACAGUGCUGGCCGGCGGUGGCCAAGAUGCUCGGGACGUUGCACUCGUGGGCGCUGGAACUGAUGUCGAUCAGUUUGAGCCCUUGCCCCUCAGAUUCGCCAGAGUUUCUGACUCUGGAGCGCCAGGAUUGGAACAUUGUCCAGCAGAGGGACCGUGGGACCCGAAACUCCGAAAAGGCGGCCACUUUGGACCCAUCCAUGCUCUGGCUUUCAGCCCAGAUGCCAGGAUCUGCGCGAGUGGCUCUGAGGACGGAAACGUCCGGCUCAGGGAGUUUUCUUAA